AUGUAUCUCGGACUUGAUGAGCCCGUGCGGGAAUGCCAGUAUAAUCAGAUCUGCACGCGCAACUCGUUACCUAUGGAGACCUUAGGGCACAAAAAGAAGAAGAUUCCCCGAAGGAAGUGGCAGGUCUUUCCCGGUCGAAAUAGAUUCUACUGUAAUGGAAGGGUCAUGAUGGCGAGGCAGACCGGGGUCUUCUACCUAACCCUAGUCCUGAUCAUGGUCACCAGCGGGCUUUUCUUCGCGUUCGACUGUCCAUUCCUGGCGUCCAACCUGACCCCAGCCAUCCCAGUGAUCGGAGGGGUGUUGUUUUUCUUUGUGCUGGGGAUGCUCUUCAGGGCCAGCUUCAGUGACCCGGGGGUCCUGCCCCGCGCCACGCCCGACGAGGCUGCCGACCUGGAGAGACAAAUAGGCGCGGCUAACGGCCCCAGUGGUCCAGGGUACAGGCCGCCCCCGAGGACCAGAGAGGUGGUCAUCAACGGGCAGACGGUGAAGCUCAAGUACUGCUUCACCUGCAAGAUCUUCAGGCCCCCGCGGGCCUCGCACUGCAGCCUGUGCGACAACUGUGUGGAGCGUUUUGACCACCACUGUCCCUGGGUGGGGAACUGUGUGGGAAAGAGGAACUACCGUUUCUUCUACCUCUUCAUCCUCUCCCUCUCCUUCCUCACUGUAUUCAUAUUCGCCUUUGUCAUCACACACGUCAUCCUGAGAUCCAACCGGACAGGCUUCCUCAGCGCACUCAAAGACAGCCCUGCCAGUGUGCUGGAGGUGCUGGUGUGUUUCUUCUCGGUGUGGUCCAUUGUGGGUCUGUCGGGCUUCCACACCUACCUGAUCAGCUCCAAUCAGACCACCAAUGAGGAUAUUAAAGGCUCGUGGUCGAACAAACGGGCGAAGGACAACUACAAUCCCUACAGCUACGGGAACAUCCUGACCAACUGUUGUGCUGCCCUCUGUGGUCCUCUUCCACCCAGUCUUAUUGACAGAAGAGGCUUCAUCCAGUCAGACACACCCCAGCCUGUGUCACACUCCAACGGAAGCAGCAUGUACGCCUCCACCCAGCUUCACACUCACAUGUGUGACCAAGAGCACUGCAUUCAGAGCACCAAAUUCGUUUUGCAGGCUGCCGCCACCCCCCUGCUCCACAGCAACUCCGUCAUGAUUGGUGGAGGGGGAACCCCUUUCCCUGGGAAGAGUUCCUUGGUGGUCCCCUGUGCCUCCCUGGCCCCCAGCCAGCCCUCCCUGCCCUCCAUGCCCGGGCUGAGCUGUGCAGGGGACAUGUUGACUCUGAGGGACCCAGACACCCACUGCCACCACCACCACUUUGCCAGCCCUGAGGAGACUCCCUCGCCUUCUGGCCCUAUGCCUCUGACUUUGCCCUGCGCUGCCCACAUGACCCACGGUGGACACAUCCACCCGGCCCAGCUCUACGACCCAGCCAGCCAGGACUCUCUGCAUGAGGACUCUGUCAGGGGCCUGGUUAAACUCAGCUCUGUCUGAGACUGGGCCCCACUGCCAUUUCCCCCUGGCUCUUUGGAACCACUAGCCAGACAUCACACUAUUCCCUAUAUAAUGCACUACUUUUGAUCAGAGCCCAUGAACUCUGGUAGAAAGUAGUGCACUAUAUAGGGAAUAGGUUGCCAUUUGGGACGUAGCCUCUCCCCUCUAUCUCUCCUUCCCUCCACACUCAGGACCUAAGCCAUAUUUCCCCUAACAUUCCACCUGAGCCCUCCCUCCAUCCCACCCAGAUUUGCAUCCACCUGUUGAGUUGAGCUAUUGUAGUGCCAAACAGACAGACAGACCCUCAGUCUCCACUGCACCUGACCAGGACCAAAGUCACACUUCUGACUCCCACUUCCUCUUCACAGUAGUAUAGCUGGUGCUCUACCAGGUGUCUACCAGGCCUGGAUACAGGUUCAGCCUUCUGCCAAAUGUUCAUGACUUGUGCUUUAUUCUCCAAUGACAUGUAGAGGAAAUCACCUGAAUCUCUCUUCUCUCUCAGCUAAAACCUACCAAGGCAGUUGCCAUUUUGUUUUGCUGACAUCUGAGGACACACACAGCGUGAUACUUCCCUGGUUCUUCAGGACUGUUGAUUAGCUGGAAAGACAUGAAUCAGGACUAAAUACAGGACUUGUUUAUAGGUUUCCAUGUGUGUUGUGUGUCCUGAGUGGUGACACUCUUUUAUACAGUAGUAAUGGACACAGCCAAUCAGUGUUAGCCCUGGCCACAGAUGAUGUCACUUCCGGUUUGAGAUUGUGUCAACACUGUACGUGGUAAUCGGUGGUGUUCAUUAGUCAGUCCUGGUGUCUGUGUGACGCCAGUCGCAUUUAAUUUUUGUUUUGUUCAAAUGUGAUGCCAAAACAUCAUGACUGCAUCCCAAAUGUCACACUCUAUUUAGUGCACUACUUUUGACCAGGGCCUAUAGGGCUCUGGCAAAAGUAGCGCACUAUAUAGGGAAUAGGUUGCCAUUUGGGAUGUAGAUAAUAUGUAAUAUGAUUACUGUGCCAAGAAAUUGUCAUUGACUUCCAGCUUUAUACAUU